AUGUCUUUUGAGGGAGAUGCCGCGUUGCAUUCAUUUACCGAAGGCGGGGCUGAGCUUGUUUUCCACGAUUCUCAAGUAGAUGCUCUAAUAACUAAGAAUGAGAACUGCGCUGUGUUCCCCACGUUGACACCCAAUGAGGGUGAGUCUUUGUGUAUUUCUCAGUCUGUGCCUCUGGUUGAUGGUGGGGAUUUGCCUCUUUCUGAAAAGAUUGCUGUAGGGAGAACGGCAGAGCAAGAGGGGCACAACAGUGAGGAAAGGCGUGGGCCAUUGAUAUCGGAUGCGGAAGAAAAAGCUGCGAACCCGUCUUGUGUGCCCAAUAAAAUUCUAUUUGGACUCGCAUCGGUGGGAAAAAGUGUUGAUCCGUCUUCGGUAAAUGCCACUAUAAGGCGUGAAGGUCCAACUGCAGGUGGAAUGCGGCAUUGCAGCACAUGUCCUGAAUCCUCCCUUUGCGCUCAAUCAGCGGAAGAUACCGCCAUUAUGGGGAGCGACGAAAACACUACAGCUGCAUUAAAGCCUCAAGAUGAGCAAGAGAUGCUGCAGUGGUUGGGCGUCAAAAGGAGGGGUGAUCUUUUGUCUCGGUAUCUCGUCAUGGGGUCUGUGGCCGCCACUCAACAGGGCCAUGGUGUUAAUGAUACCUGUUCUUUUGGCUCCAAAGAAAAACAUGUGGAUCCCCAAAUGCGAAACCUAUUGUUGCAGGAGGUCCAACGGACUGGUUCGAGGGGGCGUUUCCCCAACAAGCAGAUAUUUCAAAGGAAACUUGUUCUGCUGGGUCAUCAGGAGGUUGGCAAGACAUCUCUGCGGAAGUGCUUUGAGUCGGAGCCAUAUUUUUUAAAGAAGCUUCCGGACGUGAAAACGACAACGGGUGUGGAGGUUUGCAGCCAAAAUAUUUGUGUUGGUGAAGAUUGUAUUCAGUUGAUCCUGUCGGAUUUUGCCGGACAGGAGGUCCACCACUCACACACACGAUUCCUUACCGAUCGAUCAAUUUUUCUUCUUGUAUGGAAGAUAUCUUCUGUUGAGCAGGACUUUCAGAGUUCUGGCAUCUCUGUGAAGGAGGAGGAGCGACUUUACAAGUGGAUUGCAGAGGUAUAUGCCAAGUUUCCUCGAGCUAAGAUGGCGCUUGUGGCCACUCAUUUGGAUGAGCUUCGGGUACAGGGACAGCGCAGUGUGGAGAGAAUCCUGUUAAGGGUGGAGAAGAAAGUCACAAGCUUCAUGCAGCGCAUAGCUGCCACAGACCCCACUACUGGCAAGAUCGUCACCAAUGAGAUUGUGGGCAACUUUGCUGUUUCAUGUAAGACGCGUGAAUUCAUUGCGACUGGUGGAUUACGGCGUUUUUCUGUUCGGAAGUUAAGUGCUCUUCUGCAGUUCUUUGCUGAGGUGGCACACCGGGACUGCAUGGAAGACACGGACUUCCCUGCCGCUGCUAUUCCUGGGCGUCACUUGAAACUUCUGGAGAUGUUAAUGAACGAGAAAAAGCGAUUCCCAGAGAAGUUUUUUAUGCCUUUGAGGCACUUUAUUUAUUCAGCGGUGCAGUUUGGCGUGGCUUCAGAUGAGGAACUGCUUCAAAUUGCUCGUCUUAUGCACAGCUGGAAUAUUAUUUACCUCUCUAACCCGUACUGUUUGUCGGAUAACAGUCCUAUCAUGCUACGCCCUUUGUGGUUGAGUCGCCUUGCGGCGGCUUUGUUUUCAUACGCCCAGGUAAUUCGCACACCACUCCAUCUUCGCAGCGUAAUUGGGCGUCUCGAAUACACCGUAAGUGUUGCCGAGGCUGCAGACAUGCACCUUAUGAGCAAAGGGUUUCUUCGGUGGCCUUUGGUCCGUGUAUUAUUCCGUGCUCCACUUUUUGAUAUUUUGGGCCACGAGCCUGAUGAUUUGGAUUACACUGUGGCCGUACGCUUUCUCAUCUCCUUGAGUCUUCUUUAUCCCGUUCUCAUACCAUGUGAUGAGUUGGCGCUGCUGGAGGAGGAGACACCGAUUGACAUUGAGGCGGGACAGCCGAUAGUUCGCGAGCCGAAAAUUACACGCUACUUUGUGCCUAGCCUUUCUCCAUAUUUUGUCCCCGACAGCCUGAGGCGGCUUGCACCGGUUUUAUUUAAGCGUGGACCAAAACUGAGGUUUGUGUUCAAUCUUCUUCCGGAUGAAGCAUGGUGGCGGUUCCAGUUUCGACUUCAUUCAUACCAGCAAGUUGUCGUUCUGCAGGAACCUUGUGGAGCUUUGUUGGCAGGUAACAAGGGUGAUGAUGAUGAUGAUGAUGAUGGUGACGCAUUUGAUGAAUACCGACUUCUCGAGGCAGAUGAAGAACACAACCGAUGGAACGAUGCCAUGUGGCUCUCAGGGGACUGUUGCCGCGUCUUUUUGUAUCGUGAGGGGCUUCAAGUGAUACGCGUUUUUUCAACAGAGACAAAGCCGCACGCUGCGGAGUCGGUGCUUGAAGAUAUCGAGCGGACCAUUUCGAGUUUGCUGGAGGAGUACUGUGGAUUGCAGCGGACGGUGCAAAUUGAAUGCCCGGAGCCAAAUUGCAACGGUUGGCUAAUGUCAAGUGAAUUGUUGACGGGGACCAAAUUAAAGUGCCAGAUUUGCAAGCAGAUGAUCAGCACUGAAGAUGUCGUUGCUUUUGCUGCCGCUGAGUGUGUUGAACCACGACGCUCUCACUGCUUUAGCGACACGCUGCUGAAGGAAGCUGGCGAGCUGCUUUGCUUUUCCUUGAAUUCCAUGGGAUGCAUGCAGUUUUGUGAGUAUCUUGGGCUGGACCACACAAUCCUCUGUGGCGCUAUCUCCAAGGAUAGCUGUAACACUGACGGUGACGAGGAGGUCACACCAACCGAACAGAAUCCAGAUUACAUGUAUGCGCUCGAUAAAGUCGUUCGCGCGGCCAUGCUGCGUCAGCUGCGGGAGCGCGUAGAGGAAGAAGCACGCAGGCGUCGGAUGCUGGAGCCUGCUCCCACUGCACUUCAAGUAUCGUUUUGA